AUGUUUUCCGCUGCGGCGCUGCUGCUGCUUCUCAUUGUGCUGUUUUUAUGCGGCUGCAGUGACACUGUUCACGCUGGGGGGAAUGCUCCAAAGACGGCCGUUGAUCCAUUGACAGGGACGACGCCGGUGCCUGGCGCUAACUGGAAGGACAUUGCCGCCGCUGGUUUCUCAGUAAGCUCCCUCCGCGUCCCCAGCCUUGUGAAGGUGGGGGGUGACGUGUUUGCCGUUGCGGAAGCUGAGUACAAGGAGGAAGGUGGCGGAGGCGAGGUUUUUAUUGGCAUUGCUUCGAAGCUCCUCAGGAAAGAAGCUGCUGCCCCGACGGACAUCUCGGCGGCGGACACAAAACUCCUUUACGCACGGCCUGAGGGCGACUCCGACACGGGCGGCGAGAAGGCAACGGAUAUCAUGCGGCCAACAACACUUGUGGUUGGCGAUGAUGUCUACAUGCUGCUGGGGAAUUACAGU